UACCGAUAUCACUCGGUUGUACAUUUCUGCCUCGUAUAGAAAGUGCUGUUCUUGUUCGGUAGUUUGUCGAACGAGAAGAAAUGGCGUGCUUGUUGGAGGCCCCCUUACGCAUCAGCGUGUUGUCUGAAGUCACAGCAACCAGUCGACAUUAUGUGGACCGGCUCUUUGACCCAGAUCCUCAGAAGGUUCUGCAGGGAGUCAUUGACAUGAAGAACGCAGUGAUUGGAAACAACAAGCAAAAGGCCAACCUAAUUGUACUGGGAGCCGUGCCCAGGCUCCUGUAUUUGCUCCAGCAAGGCUCCUCCAGCGAGGAACUGAGGACGGAGUGUGCGGUGGUGCUAGGCAGUCUGGCCAUGGGCACAGAGAACAACAUCAAGUCCCUGGUGGAUUGUCACAUCAUACCUGCCCUGUUGCAAGGCCUGCUCUGUCCGGACCUGAUCUUCAUUGAGGCGUGCCUGCGUUGCCUAAGAACAGUGCUCAUCAGUCCCGUGACGCCUGUGCAACUACUCUAUACGGAUCCCUCUGUGAUUCCCCAUCUCAUGUCUCUGAUGAACCAGAGUCUACGCACACAGGAGUACAUUACACAGAUCAUCUCUCACUGCUGCAAGACCCCAGAGCAUCAGACUGUCCUCUUCAACCAUGGUGCCAUCCAGAGCAUAGCGCCUCUGCUGGUCUCGCCAUCCUUUAAGGUGCGGAUGCAGGCUUUGAAAUGUUUUUCAGUUCUGGCUUAUGAGAACAAUCAGGUCUCCCUGACCUUGGUUAAUGUGCUUGUGGAUGGAGAGCUGCUCUCUGAGGUAUUCGUCCGAAUGAUGCAGCGGGACAAACCAAUAGAAAUGCAGCUGACAGCUGCCAAAUGCUUAACAUACAUGUGCAGAGCUGGUGCCAUCAGGACAGAUGACUGUUGUAUUGUUCUCAAGACCCUGCCAUGUCUAGUGCGUAUGUGCAGCAAGGAGCACCUGCUGGAGCAGAGGGUGGAGGGUGCAGAGACCUUGGCCUUCCUGUUGGAGCCUGAUGUAGAGCUCCAGCGCAUCGCCAGUGUCACGGACCAGCUGGUGGCCAUGCUGGCAGACUACUUCAAGUACCCCAGUUCUGUGAGCGCCAUCACUGAUAUUAAGAGGCUGGACCAUGACCUGAAGCAUGCUCAUGAGCUCAGGCAAGCUGCCUUCAAGCUGUACGCCUCACUUGGCUCUAAUGAUGAGGACAUCCGGAAGAAGAUCACGGAGACUGAGAACAUGAUGGACAGGAUUGUCAGUGGCUUAUCAGAGUCCAGUAUCAAGGUCCGUCUUGCAGCUGUAAGAUGUCUCCACAGUUUGUCUCGGUCAGUUCAGCAGCUCAGAACUAGUUUUCAUGACCAUGCUGUCUGGAAGCCUCUUAUGAAGUUGUUACAGAAUGCCCCUGAUGAGGUUCUGGUAAUGGCUUCAUCCACGCUAUGCAAUCUGCUGUUGGAGUUUUCACCAAGCAAGGAGCCUAUCCUAGAGUCGGGAGUGAUUGACCUCCUCUGUAGUCUCACUCAGAGUGAAAGUCCAGCUCUGAGGGUUAAUGGCAUCUGGGCACUCAUGAACAUGGCAUUUCAAGGAGAUCAGAAAGUGAAGAUGGAGAUUCUGCGGUCGUUAGGGACGGACCAGCUCUUCUGCCUCCUCUCCGACACUGAUGCCAAUGUGCUGAUGAAGACACUUGGUCUGCUCCGCAACCUCCUAUCCACACGUCCGCACAUAGACCAGAUUAUGAGCUCCCAUGGAAAACAAAUAAUGCAGGCAGUGACUCUCAUCCUGGAGGGCGAGAAUAGUAUGGACAUCAAGGAGCAGACCUUAUGCAUCCUGGCCAACAUCGCUGAUGGCAACUCAGCCAAGGAGCUGAUCAUGACGAAUGAUGACAUACUGCAGAAGAUUAAGUACUACAUGGGACACUCAAAUGUAAAGUUGCAGCUGGCUGCCACGUUCUGUAUCUCCAACCUCAUCUGGAAUGAGGAGGACGGUUCUCAAGUGCGACAGGACAAGCUGAGAGAGAUGGGAUUUGUGGAUGUGCUGCACAAACUUACUCAGGCUUUAGACCCCAACCUUUGUGACCGUGCAAAGACAGCAAUGCAGCAGUACUUGGCAUGACCUCAGCGGAACCUAUUGCUUGGAAGUUGAUCUUUUUCUGUCGCACAAGACACCUUUUGAUUUUGAGCCAAGGCACUCUGUCGCUCAAAAAAGGUUGCGGGCCCGUGAUUACGGUGAUCCCAGCUUUAUUUGGUGUUGAUCUAUUUUAAUGUACCUUCUGGAUGUGAAGAUAUUACUCACUGUGUUUAAGAGGCACUGUGUCAAAGACAGAUUGGUGCUUGGGACUCUAAUGGAAUCUGAGCAAUCUCUGCGCAAAGUUGGAUUAUCAUUUGAGUGUCAGUAAAUAAUAUUGUUAUAAAUGUUAUUUUAAAUGCUUUGUCAGGAGGGGAUAUGAAACAGAUUUUUUUUCCUUGUGGAUAAAUACCUCAAAUGUAUAAAUAUAUAUAUUUUUUGAUUUUUAAUACCUCCUUCCCCAUCAGAUACCUGUUCUGUGUGUCUUUUUUUCAGAGAUGAAGUAAAUGCCAUUGGGGGGUCUGAAAAAAAAGUACAUAUUCAAACUUAGUAUUGGAACUAACACCUUGAAAAAGAAUUAAAGUGGCACUUACUUUCAGUGCACUUCUUUGCUGUCAGAACUGAUGCUCCUGUUUCUCGUCCCUCCUCAAGCAGUGCAAUGGUUUGGAAGCUCAGUUAGAGUGGAAAUGUCUUAUAGAAUACACAUGCAAUCUUUUACCCAGA